CGCGCCUGAGCACGGGGGUGAGGAGAGUGGGGAGCCCGCCGCCCACCCGCUUGCUCGCCCGCUCUGCCUCGCGCUCGCACGCACCGCCUCCGCGCCCCCGGUGUGGGAGGCGCCGCCGCGCUCUCCCGGCCGCUGCUGCCCGGUGGAUGGAGGGGCCCGUUCGGAUCGCAGCCUCAGCCGCCGCCACCGCCGAGCUGGGGAUGACCUGGGGGUGGCUCCCGGAGCCGGCUGCCGCGCAGGACGUCUGUGGGCUCAGCCAGCCCCGCUGAGAGCUAGGUUUUCAUUCUGGAAUUGGGAAUUCAGACUUCACCCAUUCAUUCACUUGCGGGGCCUUCAUUGGAUAGCUGAACAUUCAUUCAACACCUUUUUAUUAAGUGCUUAAAAGCCUGGAGGAGAUACAAAGUGUGCCAAGAGCUGUGUUUUACUCUGGAAGUCUAUUCUAUCAGCCCCUGUAUUCUGGCGCUAUGAAUCCAGAUCUUGGAUCAUUACAGACACUGUUAUAUGUUUCUUUUAUGAUCCUGUGUUCUUCUGUAAGUUCAGACUUGGUACCUCGUUUUAUUUCUGAGCCACACUCUAUUGUCCAGAAACUUGGUGAAUCUGUAACCCUACAAUGCUCUGCUCAACCUGUGACCGUACACAUAUCAUGGUUACUUAAUGGAAAAAAAUUCGACAGAAAUGUGGAGCAAAUUGAGGUUCAGCAGGGGACGUUAACCAUUCUUUCUCUCAGCCCUUCUGUUUGUGGUCAGUAUCAAUGCAUCGCCAACAACAGCAUUGGUGCAAUUGUGAGUAAGCCUGCGACAGUAUCCAUUGGAGGUCUUAGUGAUUUUGGUGUAUCAACAAAACAUGUUGUUAUAGCAGAGGAACAAAGUGCUGGGUUCAUUGGCUGCAAGAUACCAGAAAGUAGUCCUUCAGCACAGGUGCGCUAUAAGGUCCGGGGGAAAUGGCUGGAACAUUCCACAGAUAACUACCUAAUCCUUCCAUCAGGAAAUCUUCAGAUUUUGAAUGUAUCUUCAGAGGACAAAGGGUCAUAUAAAUGUGCAGUUUACAAUCCUGUCACACGUGAAUUAAAAGUUGAACCCACAGGCCACAAGCUCAUUGUGAGCCGUCCUUCAUCAAAAUAUGUUCGAAUCAUCCACCCCACCUUUUCCCAGUCAUUGGCAGCUGUUUCUCACAAUCCUGUAACUCUGGAAUGUGUGGUGAGUGGGGUACCUGCUUCUCAAGUGCAGUGGAUAAAGGACGGCCAUGGUUCUCUGUUGGGAGGUAACUGGAGACAGUUAUAUUCCCACCUGGUCACAGAUAGCAUAGACCCAGAUGAUGCUGGAAACUAUUCCUGUGUGGUGGGAAACAAGUCUGGAGAGCUCACACGUGUGACCUACACAGUUAAUGUGCUUGAACAAGCCUCCAUUUCCAAAGGAUUGAGGGACCAGACAGUCUCCUUGGGUGCCACAGUACAUUUCACAUGUACUGUUCAUGGAAAUCCAACUCCCAGUCUUACCUGGUUUCAUAAUGCAGAGCCUAUAUACUCUUCCUUGCGGUACCUGAUAGUAGAAAACACGUUGAGAAUCAGUGGCGUUGCCAUGGAAGACUCAGGAUUAUACCAGUGUGUGGUGGAUAAUGGGAUUGGAUUUAUGCAGUCUACUGGGAGACUGGAAAUUGAAACAGGCAGUGGAUUCAAGCCGAUUAUAGUAACACCACCAACAAGCACAAAGGUGAUAGGCGGUGACUUUGUUACUUUAUCCUGCAAUGCCACUGGGCUUCCAGUUCCUGUUAUUCGUUGGUAUGACAGCCAUGGUUUGAUAACCAGCCAUCCAUCCCAAGUACUUCGCUCUAAGCCACGAAAAUCACACCUGUCAAAAUCUGGAGAUGUCACUUUAGAGCCUGUUUACUUCAUCAUGUCUCGAGCUGGAUCAAGCUCUUUAUAUAUUCAGGCUGUCACUCUGGCACAUGCUGGGAAAUAUACCUGUGAAGCCACAAAUGAAUAUGGUUCUACAUUGUCAGAGGCGUUCCUUACAGUUGUUCCUUUUGAAACAAGCACCAAAGCUGAAACAGUUACACCUAUUGAAGCCGCACAGAGUGAUGGACAUAAAAAGGGUGAUUCUGUAACAGGGCCUUUGAACAUUUUUCCAGUGAAGUUACAUUCCAACACAACAGAGGCAUCAAUAGAAAGAAAUACCAGUAGUUUCUCUGCUCCUGAUGCCCCCAUCAUACUGAGCCCCCCACAGACCCACAAACCAGAUGCUUACAACCUGAUCUGGAGAUCAGGGAAAGAUGGUGGACUACCCAUCAAUGCCUAUUUUGUGAAAUAUCGAAAGCUCGAUGAUGGAGUUGGUUUAGUGGGAAACUGGCAUACAGUUAGAGUUCCUGGAAGUGAGAAUGAACUCCACCUAACAGAAUUGGAACCCUCCAGUCUUUAUGAAGUCUUGAUGGUAGCAAGAAGUGCAGCAGGUGAAGGACAGCCUGCCAUGCUUACCUUCCGAACUAGCAAAGAGAGAACAUCAUCAUCAAAAAACACACAGGCCUCCUCGCCACCAGUGGGCAUCCCUAAACAUCCUGUUGUUUCAGAGGGGACCAACAGCAACUUUGGAGUGGUGCUCACAGAUCCCUCCAGGCAUAGUGGAGUUCCAGAAGCACCAGAUCGACCUACUAUCUCUACUGCCUCAGAGACUUCUGUGUAUGUCACUUGGAUUCCUCGGGCAAAUGGAGGUUCUCCCAUCACUGCCUUCAAGGUUGAGUAUAAAAGGAUGAAGAGUAGUGAUUGGCUAGUGGCAGCUGAAGAUAUCCCUCCUUCCAAACUUUCUGUGGAAGUGCGUAGCUUAGAACCAGGCUCCACGUACAAAUUUAGAGUAAUUGCCAUCAACCAUUAUGGUGAGAGUUUUCGGAGCUCUGCAUCUCGCCCUUAUCAAGUAGCUGGAUUUCCCAACCGCUUUUCCAACCGUCCUGUUGCUGGACCUCACAUCACAUAUACAGAAGCUGUCAGUGAUACUCAGAUUAUGUUGAAAUGGACGUACAUUCCUUCAAGCAACAAUAACACACCUAUCCAAGGAUUCUAUAUCUAUUACCGACCCACAGAUAGUGAUAAUGACAGUGAUUACAAGAGGGAUGUUGUAGAAGGUUCAAAACAGUGGCAUAUGAUUGGUCACCUGCAGCCGGAAACAUCUUAUGACAUUAAGAUGCAAUGCUAUAAUGAAGGGGGAGAAAGUGAAUUCAGCAAUGUGAUGAUCUGUGAAACCAAAGUGAAACGGCUUCCUGGAGCCUCAGAGUAUCCUAUCAAGGACUUGAGCACCCCUCCAAACUCUUUUGGAGGUGGAGGGAAUGUUGGCCCAGCACUGGGUCCUGCCCGGAGCAGUGAUAUGCUGUAUCUGAUCGUAGGCUGUGUGCUCGGAGUUAUGGUGCUUAUCCUCAUGGUUUUCAUUGCCAUGUGCUUGUGGAAGAAUCGACAGCAAAAUACCAUACAGAAAUAUGACCCACCAGGAUACCUCUAUCAGGGCUCAGAUAUUAAUGGACCAGUGAUGGAAUAUACUACUCUGCCUGGCACAAGUCGAAUCAGUGGCAGUGUCCAUGGAAGUUUUAUCAGCAAUGGAACCCUUAGCAAUGGCUGCCCACAUCUGUACCAUAAAGUUCCCAACGGAGUCAAUGGAAUCAUGAAUGGGAAUGUAAAUGGAGGACAUUACCCUGGACACAACUCCCUUACCAGAACUCAUGUGGAAUAUGAGCAUCCUCACCACUUAGUGAAUAGCGGUGGAAUAUAUACAGCAGUACCCCAGACUGACCCUUUGGAGUGUGUUAAUUGCCGAAAUUGUAGAAACAACAAUAGGUGUUUCACUAAAACCAAUGGCACUUUCAGCAACAGUCCCCUUCCUGUGAUCCCAAUGGUAGCACCUUAUCAGCCAGAUAGCCUAGAGAUGAAGCCCCUGAGUCACAUGAUGGUACCCAUGUGCCUAGCCUCCGCAGUCCCAGAAUGUGAUGAAUUACCUGAGGAGGGCAUCAAGGACAAAGUGGCCCCAGCAUCCACCCUACAUCCUUGCUGUCAGGAAAACACAAAGCAGAUCAACUCAGACUGUACAGAAGGAGACAGCUGUCUACAUUCUGAAACAGAAAAUCAUGUUUUGGGUUGGAGCUCCCUUAUUUUGCCAUCUCUUUCAAGGGACUGUAGUGAAAAGACAGCCUGGUCUUCAGCUGAUAUUACAGUAGACAACACUUCAAGGGACCUUCGGCAAUCCCAGGAAACCUGAACGUGUGCAAGUGACUUUGUUCCCACUUCAAGCCAGUAACUGCACAAUGUGGGCAUGGGAAGGGACUAUAAGAAAGACAUUAAUUCAAAACAGGCAAAGUUAUUAUUUAUUUUCUUGGAGUAGUAAUGCCAUUUGAAUGUAUCUUAAAAUGUUUGCCCUUUUAUAUUAUUUAAGCCUUGAGAAAUACCCUUUCCCCAUUCCCUUCUUCUUCACAGUGCAAAACAGUAUUGUUCUGUAUAGUUUUAAAAGAAUCUAAAAGCCAAUGGAAUCAUCCCAUAUUUUCCAGUAACUUUGAUUAUGGGAGGAGUUCAUCUGCAGAGAAUCUUGACUGUUGGCAGUUAUAGCCUAAGGGCAGUUGCACAGGCAUUUUGAAGUUUGUUGCCAGUUACAGUGUUGUCAAAUGGAGAGCUGUCUGGUUGGUGUGUUAUUUUUGUAGCAAGAUCUGGGACGUUCUAAAGUCAGUCACUUUGUUUUAUAAGGAGGCCCCUUGUCCUGGCAGAUCUGGCUUACAUGAUCUGUGAGAGUGCUGAUCACCCAGAUGCUGGAAUAAUGAGUUAACUUGCCCUCUUUCUGUAGUUGAACACAACUCUGGAUGCACUUUCUAGGUAGGCAAGGUUUUUCCCCCACAAAUGGUUGCCAUUUUUAAAGGGUAGGAAGAAAACCAAACUUUACAAAGUGGAUUUGAGAAAAGACCAUACAUUUAAAGAAGAGGAGGGAGGAAUUUAACCUCUCCCUAAGGAAGAUGCUUUAGCUUGUUACGUGGGUUGUAGCCAAGGUGUACCACAUUAUCUAAAAGUUUUCCAGCUCCUGGCAUGGCCAGUUGUCUAGAAAAUAUGGGUGUUUAAGAAAAACAGGCAUCAGGAACCAACCUUACUGGUGGGGUUGAGGUAGGAGAAAAAGAGGGUGCAGGUGGUUUGUUGCUUCCUGCACAUUCUUUAAAGAUAUCAUCAUCAUAAUAAACAAGCAUCUAGAGCUUUAGCCAGUAAGGCCUGUAAAUCUCAGUUGCUGUUGCCUCUGGGUAAAGAGGACAUGUACAGCUGCCUUUGAGAUAUUUCUCCCCUUCCCUUGUUUAAAAAGAAGAAAAUCAGUGAUAAGCAUGUUUAAUAGCAAGCUUGAGUCAAACUCUUGUGUAAUGUUGUUCCUAGUUUAAGUUGCAUAUCCUUUAGGGAGUGGGGGUAAGGGGUGGGUUGGGAAGCAGAAGGUAUUCUCUGUUCAGCAGAGACCCUGAAUAAAUAUCUGCUAAGUUGAAUUAAGUUGUGCAAAGUUUUAUGUCGUAAGGGAAGGGGAAAACUAGUUCCCCUGAAAUGACAACAUAUAUAAACACAGUAAUGUGUUAAAUGUCUGUCUAUACAAAUGUAUAGAUAUUUCUAUAAAUGUCUAUAUAUUUUAUAAGUAGAAGCUCCAGUGAAAAUAUUUUGUUUGACCUUGUUCACUAUGCAAGAGUUUAUUCCAGUAGAAAAUAGUUAUUGCAGUUUCAUAGUAGGGCACUGGGGAUAUUGCUGGACAAACAGGUUCUACAUUCCAGAUGUCCAUGUUUGUAGUAUACUGGAUUUAUUCUUCAUAGUCCUCAGAUUAUUUAGCUUUGGUGGGGGAUGGGCACUCCCCUGACUUCUUGUGCCUAGCAGGGGGUAACCUGGAGUAUGAAAACAAGCCCUUUGUUUUCAAAUUAAGCUGGUAUAAUCUUGUCAGAAUAGGUUAUUAGAGAAUUGAUAGAGGGUUGUGGAGUGAAUGCUUGUUGGCAGCCACUGGGGUCAGUUUGAUUCAGAAAACUAGAAGUGGGUUAGCUUGAGCCCUGGGUCAUAAACUGCUUUAAAACAGUUAAGUUUGGAGAUGGGAUUUGCCCACAAGAAGGAGAGUGCUUAACCCUACCUUGUUAGCACAAUCUCAUCAUGGACUGCUUUAUUUAUGUUAUUAGUAACACUGUUUUAAGUGUUGUCCUUUUUAUUGUGUUUUAUUUAUAAAAAAUAUAUAUAU